UUGGAAACGCUUGACAGACGCCGUGGCGGCGGCCUUCAAAAAAUUUCAUCGUCACAAUUCGGUAGAACUGCAAGAUACAACCCGCCGUGAAGUGGAGCGACGUUUUCCUGGUCAGAGUGGAUCGAUUCUUACAGGCCCAUGGAAUUUACCUUGAUAGAUAAUUGGCUCGAUGUAUUGGGUGAACAUCCCAUUUUCGAUCUCGACGUUGUUCAAACCAAGCUACCGCGACGUCUGAAAGAGCAACAAACCUUGGAACGCCAUGCUGACGACGCCACUCUUUUACAACGUCGCACGCGUGUCAUGGCCGUCAGUCAAACUGAUCUCUUGGUAGCUGUUCGAUCGCAAAUCCGAGUGCUCAGCUUGACCGAAUUCAAAUCCACUUGGCUUUCCGAAGCGGAAAAAGCCGCCAAUGCCGAAACGGUCGAUACCAAGGACUGGCUGUACGAACUUCCUUACAAGAUCUUGGAUGUACCAGCUGUCAACUUUAAUGUCGUGUCGCUUGUGCCUUCGCAAAAUGGCCGUUUGUUGGCUGCCGUAGGCGAUAAACAGUUGGUCGUGGUUUGGUUCCCGCGACAAGGCUUAUCCAGUGUACCAGCCACGGUCGGUUCACGACGUUUCGAUUGCAGAACAUUCACUGUCGGUCAGAAAUACUACGAUACCGACCAACCUACGCGUAUACUGAAGGUGGCAUGGCAUCCUCUCAGCAAGACCAAUAGCCAUCUUCUCGUGCUGGGCACAGACAAUGUGCUGCGCAUGUUUGAUGUCAGUGCUGAUAUCGAAGAACCCGAACAGUCGUUUGAUCUUUCGCCCUCUCAACCCAAAAACGAUCUUCCCCCGCAAAGAGGUAUCUCUCUCGACGACGAUCUCGAUGAUGAUGAAGAACAAGUCGCUACCUUUGCACUUGGCGGUGAAAGCAAAGAUGAUAGUGGAUGGGAACCCUUCACGGUGUUUUAUGCUCUCCGUAACGGCCAUAUGUAUGCCUUGUGUCCUGUGUUGCCCUUCAAGAGUGUGGUACAGCGUCAGCAUAUGGAGGGUUUAGCAUGUGUGGCUGAAGCCAAGAUCAACAAACUUAUUCAGGAGCAAGCAACAAAGAAAGAAGACAACUCGCACCGCCAAUGUCUGUCCUAUCUUUUCAGGCUACAAUAUCAAUGGAUCCAGGACAUGUUGGAGUCCAACAAAGAAAUGCGAAAAGAUAAUCCGGCUUUGCUUGAUAACGAAAAGCUCUCUAUCGACGCUGAGGGGUCUUCGGUUCCAUUUGCUCCUCAUCGACAGGGCCCUUUCAGCGUCGACAAUGACGAAUGUCUCUGCGAAGAUAGUCAUGUAUCCGACAUGUUAUUCAGCAGAGUUCAACCUGUGAACAUUCUUUCUGUCGCUUACACGAACGGCACGCUGAAAAACUUUAUCCUCGGCAGUGAAAUGGAUGCCCAGUGGCGCAUGCCCAUAGAACGUGAAGAAUAUCCCUGGCAACAACAGCUUCAGCAGUUCAUUGGAUCGUCAGCCAUGCUUCCAAAGAUGACUCUGCAUGAAUUCUUGAAGCUCAGUCCCUUGGCAGAUGGCAAACAACAAAAUAUAUCUCUUAUGAAUGAUCCACUCUAUAACGACACAUUCUAUGCAUACCAUGCUACGGGCGUCCAUGCUGUAUACAUGAAGUCAUGGAUCGAUGAUCUGGCGGAGCUCGAUGCCAAGCUGUGCAGUGGCGAAAACACAGAAGAGACCUUGCAGAAACUCAGUCAAUGGCGUCACAGCGAUCAUGGCUCGGAAGUAUGCAAGCUUGUGGAUUCGGCACCGUUUGAGAAUGGAUCUUGUACUACGUACGAGCCUAUUGUUGGCAUGGCGGUUCUUACGGAUGUGUAUCUGUCUUACUGCGUUCUGGUCUUGCCCUGUACAUAUAACAUUGUGACAAUCGAUCUGCAUACGCGUCGUGCCAUCACUCCCGACGAAUCCACUGAACUGUCAAAGGCGGUGGCGGAUCAGUUGAAGAAUAUUGGUAUCAGUGAAUCUCUGAAUAACGAAGACCAGAAAUCCAUUGGUUAUGAACCCAUCUUAUCCUUGCCUGCGUUUGAACAACCGAAAGAACUCAAAAAGCUUCAUGAAGCGCCCAACCGUACAAAGAUCAUUGUUCCUGCCGAUAUGGGCGGCAACAAAGAACUGAUGAUCACCGAAGCAACGCUCCGAUUCUUAGGCGAAAAGUCCGAAACCGUUCGACGUGAUAUUAGAGCCAUGCUGAAGAGCUCUACAAUGAUGCAAAAACGUCUGACAAUGCAAAACAAGGAAUUUGAACGACAGCUCACCACUUUGCAGACGUUGUAUGAUAAGCUGAAUCAAGAAACUACAAGUCAAGAACACAUUGAAAGAGCACAGAGAGUGGCGCAAACCAUUCAAAAAUAUACAAAGUUGGCGUUACGUGCGGAUACCGUUUUACGCCGAUUAAUGGACCAAUAUCAGCCUGAACUGUCUAUACACGAAAAGGAGUGGAUCAAAAAACUGAAGGAAAUUGAAAAGCGUAUCAAUGGCAGCAAAGGUUAUGAACGACGACUUAGCAAGCUGAAAGAUCAAGUGGAACAGCUGGAAGCGCUUACCAACGCAGCAAAACCUGAAGUUCCGCUCAAAAAUUCACGAUUGACAGAAACCCAACUGGCGACCAUUCGCCGAUCACUGGAUCAUCAGGCUAAACUGCUGACCGAUACUACUGAAAAAGUACACAAGUUGCAAGAAUCGCUUGACAAAGCAUAAGAUAUUCCCCCAUGGAGUGAAAUGUGACUUUUUUCCCGCCUCUAUCUAGUCGUAAACUAAAUGAAUUAUCUCUUUCAACUUUGCAAUAAAUAUGUUAUCCACUGCUCAAUCGCAAGGGGUUUUUUUUUUCUUUUUCCUUGAUGG